AUGGCCCCCCAGACUCGGCGAUCAAGCAGGCGUCGUGUAGAUUCCGAACACAUCCCCGAAACCAACACCGAGUCUCCAACUCAACCAGUCCGCUUCAUCCCACCACAAGCACACCACCCUCAUCCCCCAGGCCUAACCCGCCUCCCGCACCUAACCACCAAAGAAACAACCCUCCUCCGCAAAAAACAAUCCCGCCUACGCGCAUCCGCACCCGCCACAAAAGCAACCGCAGCAGACUACGGUCCACCCGCCUUGCAAUCCCUCUCCUCAACCCUCAUCUUUGCACAGCACGAAGCAGGCACAGCAGUAUGCAUCCACCCAGAUGGCUGGCUCCUCACCUGCGCGCAUUGCUUCGGCGAGUCCGAGGCCGAGUGGCGCUCCCACAGCCGGAAAUGGCUCCUCUUUUUCACGGGCGAAGCAGUGUUCGUCGAGUGUGUAGCCUGGGACGCGGGGCGGGACCUUGCACUGGCCAGAAUCACUGCACUUGAGCGCCUGCUCCCGGCUGCCUCCCAGAAUUCAAUCCCAAGCUUCGCGUGUGUGCCACUAGCACCACCAUCAGCUUCUCUCAGCUCCAAGAUCCUCUGCAUCGGGCAGCCAGGCUCUGAUGAUCUAGAAUCAUCCGCCCCGCGAAAAACAGCCUACGGUCUUAUUGAGAUUUCUGAAGGUCGGUUGCGCGGGUUGAUGCCCGGUGCGGACCCGCAUGAUAACGAGGAGAUUGGGGCGCUGAGGCACGAUGCGUGGACGUACUGGGGUCAUUCUGGGGCGCCUUUGUUGCGGCGGACUGAUGGUGUGUUACUGGGGUUGCAUUCAUCGUGGGAUGAGACUACGGCUAUGAGGCAUGGGGUGCCGAUUGUUGCGGUUAGGGGGUUUCUCAAAGAGAGGUUUCCUGGGGGUUGGGCUGAGGACCAGGGUGAUGGGGAGGAAAGAGAGGUGAUUGUAAUUGAUUGA